AUGCAAGGCAUGGCUUUGAAUCAGCUUCUCGCAUGCCUCAAAUGGCUGGGCGAAUUCCAGGUCCUGGCGUGUAUUCCUCUCAAAGGCAGCAUUCAUGCUCGCGAUGUUGCGGAUCUGACCGGCGUGCCAGAGACACAGCUAUGCCGUGUCGUGCGAUUAAUGGCAACAGCUGGAUUCCUUCAUGAGCCGCGUCCUGGUCAAAUCGCACACACCGUCCUGUCCGGCGCCUUCGUCACAGACUUGUCACUGCUGGAUGCCGGCAUGUUCCUCAGCGAAACUGCAGCGCCCGUUGCUCUCCACAUGGCCACGGCGACAGAGCGUCAAAGCGAUCUCCAGGCUUCAAAUAGUGCGUACUCGGUCGCGUUCAACACAUCACAGCCUUUCGAAGCAGCUUGCGUUGAGAGAUCCAGACUACAUCGUCAAUGGUCCGCAUACAGCCGGUGCGCUGGAGAUGCGGAAGACAAGACUGUUGAGCUUUUUGGACAGCUAAAUUGGCGAAGCCUUGGUAGCGCCACCAUAGUCGAUUCGUGCGCGCAAUCGACAGAUCUGGUCCUGGAAUUGGCGAAACUGUACCCUUCUCUUCAUUUUGUGGUGCAGAUGAACAAUGCUGCUGCUGUGCAGCAAGAGGCGUGCCGGAGACCAGAAUCAGAAGACGUCAAACGCCGCAUGAAAAUUCAAGAGCGCAUGCCCUCGGCCCCUCAGACGGUGAAAGAUGCCGCAGUAUACAUCCUGCGAUUGCCUGCCACCUUACGACCCUCCGCUGUACAAAUUCUCGCCGAGCUCAGAGCACACCUAGGAGCCCUUCGGGCGAAUAGCUCCGCGACUCUUAUCCUGGCAACCCCCUUACUCCCAGAACCAGGAACUCUCGAUCCGGAUAGCGAAGCACGAGCGCGAGUCCGAGAUCUUGCGAGAUUACAGUUGACGAAUGAAACUGAUCUCGAGCUUUCCGAAUUGAUAGAAUUGGUGAAUGGCGUCCACGAUAGUAAUGGCCGGUUCAGAGUCGUGAGCAAACUUCGGUCGAGGGAUAGUGCUGCCACAGCGGCGUUGGGUAUCAAGUAUCAGGCAGUUCCAACUGCACCUUAG